AUGCGGUCUAUACCUUACGGGAGCAAAGUGGGGGAGUUAUGUCGCGGUUUUGUGUCUGCAUUCAGCCCCGCACUGCACGGUUAUCACCGUGGGUGCAAGGGUUUUUUCCCUGAACCUGCUGAAUGCUGGUUGGCAAUCUUGACGGACUCGGUGCCUUUUUAUCGAAAUUCUUUGGUAAUAUGUCCUUCGUUCAUGGAUGACGAGCGGCUUGGGGCAAUAACCCGUCGUUCAGGUGAGCACUUCCCGGGUUGCCGUGUGGCCGCAUUGCGGAGACGCAUUGGCGUUGCAACAAGCAGUCCAUGCUGCAGAGCUGAAGGUAGUGGUGAGGCCCUGCAGGUCAAAGGCGGUCGACUCCCUCAUUUUGUUUCCCCUUUAGAGACUGUGGCACCAUCAUCUCUUGAUGCAGUGAUUUUUGCGGGGAAUGUGUUUGGGGAAGAAAUGCUUCACGAUGCGCCGUGGCAUUUGUCCCUGGCGCAUCGGUGCCUCCGACCACAUGGUGUAGUGGCCGUAAUGGGGUAUUCUCCCGUGAUCCGAGUUGUGGCACCAGAGGCGGCACGAAACGAUGCUGACGAUUUUCUGAAGGAUCUUGUGGACUCUGCGCGUGCCGCAAUUGAACGAGGGGAGGCAGAUAACAUGCGGGAGGCUUUGCAACGGGUAAUGGAUGUGAGCAGUAGCUUAGACGUUGGUCACGCGGACAUGUAUUUUCCCUUCCCCUCCGUACGGAGACGGUGGUUUUGUUCUGAGUACAGUGCAACACCCGCUCAGGUGGCGGCGGCGUACAGAUGUCUCCCAGAAUACCAGUUACUCUCCACAGGAUCUAGGGGAAACUCAAGGGCUCCUCAAUGUAGUGACAUGGAGGAAACACUGAUAUGCGAGGGUGGUAGUGGUGACGAUGCGUUAAAUGUCGUCCGCCGUCGUUGCAUUGUGGAUCCACUCGAAGCAUUGGAGGGUUGUUUGCGUGCGCUUUUAAUCUCGGGAGGGGACACUGCUGCUGGCAAGUCGGCUUUACGAGUCCGUGUGAGUCACUUUGUUGUUACGUGCAGCACCCGUUCGAUUAAUGCGCAAUCGCAGUUGCCUCCUCAUCCCAGUGCCGUUGAGCGCUUACCACACCUGAAGUAA